AGUUCUUGCCAAAACCAGCCUUAUUGCCGUGGACUACCUGAUCCCCAGGAUAUUAUCAGCCAAAGCCAACAGUCGCCGUCUCAGCAAGCUGCCAAAGCCUUUUAUGACCGGAUCAGUUUCCUCAUCGGAGCAGACAGCACUCAUGUCAUACCUGGGGAAAGUCCUUUUAAUAAGAGUCUUGCAUCCGUCAUAAGGGGCCAGGUAUUAACUGCUGAUGGAACGCCACUCAUUGGAGUCAACGUCUCCUUUUUGCACUAUCCAGACUAUGGAUACACAAUCACGCGCCAAGAUGGAAUGUUUGACCUGGUAGCGAAUGGUGGUGCCUCUCUGACACUGGUGUUUGAGCGAUCACCCUUCCUGACACAGUAUCACACGGUAUGGAUUCCCUGGAACGUCUUUUAUGUCAUGGAUACCCUGGUCAUGAAGAAGGAGGAGAAUGACAUUCCUAGUUGUGAUCUGAGCGGAUUUGUAAGGCCAAACCCCGUUAUCGUGUCAUCACCUUUAUCCACCUUCUUCAGAAUUUCUCCUGAAGAUAGUCCUAUCAUCCCAGAGACACAGGUUCAUCUUAUGGUGGCAGUGGUGGGAAGGCUUUUCCAAAAAUGGUUCCCUGCAUCCCCAAAUCUGGCUUACACCUUCAUAUGGGACAAAACUGAUGCAUACAACCAGAGAGUCUAUGGAUUAUCUGAAGCUGUUGUGUCUGUAGGUUAUGAAUAUGAGUCUUGCUUGGAUCUAACUCUCUGGGAAAAGCGGACUGCCAUUUUGCAGGGUUAUGAACUGGAUGCCUCCAACAUGGGCGGCUGGACGUUGGAUAAACAUCAUGUAUUGGAUGUGCAGAAUGGAAUCCUCUACAAAGGAAAUGGUGAAAAUCAAUUUAUAUCUCAGCAACCCCCGGUUGUUAGUAGCAUUAUGGGCAACGGGAGACGGCGCAGCAUCUCCUGUCCAAGUUGUAAUGGUCAAGCUGAUGGUAAUAAAUUGCUGGCUCCGGUUGCCUUAGCUUGUGGGAUUGAUGGCAGUCUUUACGUGGGGGAUUUCAACUAUGUUCGGCGGAUAUUCCCAUCUGGAAAUGUAACCAGUGUUCUGGAGCUAAGCAACAACCCAGCUCACAGAUACUACCUCGCCACUGACCCCGUGACAGGAGACUUGUACGUUUCCGACACAAACACGCGCAGGAUUUAUCGGCCCAAGUCGCUCACGGGUGCGAAAGACCUGACCAAAAACGCUGAGGUAAUCGGAGGAACAGGGGAGCAGUGCCUACCGUUUGAUGAGGCAAGGUGUGGUGAUGGAGGCAAGGCGGUGGAGGCAACUCUCAUGAGCCCUAAAGGAAUCGCGAUCGACAAGAACGGGCUAAUCUACUUUGUUGAUGGGACCAUGAUCAGAAAAGUGGAUCAGAACGGAAUAAUAUCCACGUUGCUUGGCUCCAACGACCUGACCUCAGCACGACCUCUGACCUGUGAUACCAGCAUGCACAUCAGCCAGGUUCGUCUGGAAUGGCCUACAGAUUUAGCUAUCAACCCCAUGGACAACUCCAUUUACGUUCUGGAUAACAACGUAGUCUUGCAGAUCACUGAGAACCGUCAGGUUCGCAUCGCUGCGGGGAGGCCGAUGCACUGCCAGGUUCCCGGGGUGGAGUACGCGGUGGGAAAGCACGCGGUGCAGACGACGCUGGAGUCGGCCACGGCCAUUGCCGUGUCCUACAGCGGCGUACUGUACAUUACAGAAACUGAUGAAAAAAAGAUUAAUCGGAUAAGACAGGUCACAACUGAUGGAGAGAUCUCAUUAGUUGCCGGAAUACCCUCGGAGUGCGAUUGCAAAAACGAUGUCAACUGUGACUGUUACCAGAAUGGAGAUGGCUAUGCUAAAGAUGCCAAGCUUAACGCCCCUUCCUCCUUAGCUGUGUCUCCGGAUGGCACGCUGUAUAUUGCUGAUCUGGGAAAUAUCAGGAUACGGGCUGUGUCAAAGAACAAACCCUUACUGAAUUCAAUGAACUUCUAUGAAGUUGCUUCUCCAACUGACCAAGAGCUUUAUAUCUUUGAUGUCAAUGGUACUCACCAGUACACUGUGAGCUUAGUCACCGGAGACUAUCUGUACAACUUCAGCUACAGCAACGACAAUGACAUUACUGCGGUGACGGAUAGCAAUGGGAAUACUCUUCGCAUCAGGCGGGAUCCCAACCGGAUGCCAGUAAGAGUGGUCUCUCCCGAUAACCAAGUCAUCUGGUUGACGAUAGGCACCAAUGGCUGUUUGAAAAGCAUGACCGCACAAGGGCAGGAGCUUGUCUUGUUUACCUACCACGGCAACAGCGGACUUCUGGCAACUAAAAGUGACGAGACUGGAUGGACCACUUUUUUUGAGUAA